AUGGCGAUUUUAUUUCAAGCAGCAUGUUUUGCGGUUUUAGUAGGAAUGAUAUCUUGUUGGGUAUUUCCAACCGUAGUAGAACGACAUGGUCCUAUUACUUAUGUCCAUACAUCUAUUGAAGAAAGUUCUGGACCGUUCACAAUCUUCGACGAAAUGAAUAAGAUUAUGUCACGUAUGCAUGAACGUUUCGAACAUAUGUUCAACUGGCCAUCCGUACCAUUCGAUUUCUAUGAUAAUGGUGAUUAUGAUACAAGUGUCAAUGAAGAUCAGUCGCAAGUAAUUGAAGAUUUGAUUAAAAACGAACCAUUGGUGCCCGUGGCUAUCGACGAUUUAACCGAGAUUCGCAAGAAAUUAGAUAUGGUACAACCAGUAUGUACUACAGUGACAAAUACUCCAACAACAAUCUCACCACGUAAAAGCCGACGAAAGAAACUUCGUGCAACACAAACAACAACAUGUGUUAGAGAAUUGAUUCAUAACGGAGAAAAACAUAUUUCAGAGGAAAUCAAUACAACUGAUGAUAAAGGUGUUGUUAUUCAACAUGUGAAGAAUUACAGUAUGAUGACAUUGAACAAAGAUUAA